AUGAGAGGGCCAGGGCCCGCUUCCCCUCUCUGCGCCCGUCAGGCGCGCCGGCCGGCGGCCUUCGUCUCGCAAGCGUGCCCAGCUGAGCCUUCAACCCUCGGACCCCCAGCAGCGCGCCUUGGUGAGCGAAAUGUUGCGGGAGGAGACGCUCGGCUUGCAGGGCAGUUCCCCUUUUGUGUCACAGUUUGGGGCAGCUUUGGCCUUCGCUUGGGCUCUCAGGACGGAAGAGGGCAUCCUGCAAGCAGUGGAGCAGCACUUCGGCCAAGAGACGCAACCUCUUUGGUCCAUGACUACACCAGUGUGGUCAUCGCGUUCUCUCGCAAGCACUACUGGGAAAGGGCUUGCGAUGUCCUUUCCGAGAUGCACUACCGCAGUCUGGCAGCAAAGCCGGUGGCCUACAACAACGCCAUGAGUGCUUGCUUAAGCAGGGAGAACUGGCAGCAGCCCCUCCGCCUCCUCCGAGAGAUGCGACGCUUGGAUAAAGCCGCGGACUUCAGAAGUCUCUGGCGGCGGCGAGGUAUGUGGCAAGAGGCACUGCGGCUGCUUUGGAACAUGGUGGGAGACAAAGUGGCUCCCGACAUCGUCGCCUUCAACGCAGCCUUGGCCGCCUGUGAGAGCGCCGGCCGUUGGCAGUGGUCCCUUCAGCUCACGAAGGCCUUGGGGCAAGCCAAGCUGCAGCCAGAUGACGUGACUUACCGAUCCAUCACGAGCGUGGAGUUCGAAAAUCCGUUGACCUUCGGACCCGCGCAGCUGCACUACUGCCUCGUGCAGUGCGAUGCGCAGGGCUUGGAGGGCUGGUCGCUGGCAGCUGGCAGCAAGCACCGGCGUUGGGCGGCCAGGCAGCAAGGCAGCGAGCGGUUCGCCAACCUCGCGAGCGCCUCUGCAUCGCUCGGGCUGCUGCAGUGCUUCAUGAUGGAUGGACAGUGGCUGCGAAAUGUAGCUGCCUCCCUUCUCGUGGGCCCAGAUGCCAUCCAUGCCACGGGGGCCUUGCAGCGCCUGGUGAUGACGGUGCUGGGCCAGGGCCAGGACGGUCGGCCCUUUUACCAGCCGGCCACCCUGAAAGCCUUCGAGGAAGCACUAUGGAAGCGACGUGGCCAGGACGCGGAAGGUCUCUGCUGGCAGCGGGCGCCGCGUCGUCCGAAGACCCGGCUCGAGGCCCAAGGCAUGCUCCUGGAAAGCCUGGGCGAGCUCGUCGGGGAGGCGCCCGCCAAGGCUGGUGUCCUUGUGUUUGAUGCCGGUGCCGCGCUGACUUACGACGAGUUGCAAGAGUCUGGCUGGACAGGCAGCUACGACAAGCUGUUUGUGGUGCUUGGGGGUGCGCACGGCUUUGAUGGGGCCGACGAUGUCGACGGCCGUUUCUUGGGAGAAGUGCUGGGGCGCUUUGGAGCCCGAGUCGGUGCGGAGAACGUGGCGAAGGUCACGCUGACGGAAGAUGCCAGCGCCAGCGCAGCUAUCACCUUCCCGCUGUCCAAAGUUGUCAGCUUCAUCAGUGUGGAGCACGGUCGUGGCACCCUCUUCGCAAGCAAGCGAGCUGAAAAUGAAAAAGGGUCGGCGGCAGCUUGUAGCCGCCCCAAAAAGAGAGCCUGCAUCUCGCGGUGGGGCCAGGCGCUCUCAGGCGGUCCAGCAGGAGGCAUUCAGCGAGAGCGAGCUGAAGGAGUUCCGAGACAUCUACCGGCACCUACGCCUCCAGGAUUGAGAGCUGCUGUAGCAUGGACCCUCGACUAG